UUAGUGCCUCCAUGAGUCGCUACCGACAGAAUGCAACACAUAACGACAUAACCUAAAACUUUCUGUUGCUUGCGUCUGUCUUUUUUUUCUCGAUAGCUGUGAUAUAAAUUGAGAAAAAUUCGGCAAAUUUGGAAACACAGUAGUGUCUCGGCGCUAAGAUUAUAUUGAUUUAGCAAAUCAGCAGAAUAUAUUGAGAGACGCAUCGAUGCCGAAAUACUAUUGUGACUAUUGCGACACUUAUUUGACACAUGACUCACCGAGCGUGCGGAAGACCCAUUGCCAGGGUCGCAAACACAAGGACAAUGUCAAGUAUUUUUAUCAGAAAUGGAUGGAGGAGCAGGCCCAACAUUUGAUCGAUGCAACAACGGCUGCUUUCAAGGCUGGUAAGAUCGCCUCCAAUCCUUUCGCGGCCAACAAAGGUGCGGCAAUACCACCGCCACCGAACCUCGGCUCCAAUCUUGGCUCGAGAUCCGGAGUACCACCUCAGGGACCCCCGGGAAUGAUGCCACCGCCGGGUAUGCAUCCAGCUGGUCCGAUGGGUCCAGGAGGCCCAAUGAUGAUGGGACCACAUGGACCAAUGCCACCUCCUAUGAUGGGCAUGAGACCACCUAUGAUGGGACCGAUGGGACCAAUGGGUCCUAUGAUGGGUCCUAUAGGCCCUAUGGGACACAUGAGACCACCAAUGAAUGGACCACCACCUCCAAUGGUUGGUCCACCGCCAAUGAAAAAAUAACAUUUAGACUAAGGACUUUUAUUUCUCGUAUGUUAUGUCGGAUAUAACUGAAGCAAAACCAAACUUUGUUGUGGAUGUGCUUAUUAGAGUGUCAUUAAGACUAAAUUACAUACAUUAUAUAUUUAAGAAUCCUGUACAAAGUGUGGAACUAAUGAUUAGAAACUUUCUACAAUUUUCUUUGAUUUGUAUCUAAAUGAUCCAUAAU